GUUUCGGCCCGGGGUCACGCUCUGACACCCCACCCUCCUCUUCCUCUCAGCACCCACCAGGGUCCUCCCUCCCAACCUCCAACCUUCAUUCCCUCCCGAAUCUAUUCUAAAACUCCCUGACCCGAAGAGCAACAGAGGCCCCGCCCCGGAUCACGCUAAUGAGACUCCGCGAGGCCCCGCCUCACGGGUUAUGCAAAUAAUGCUCCCGGAGGCCCCGCCCCUCUCCCCGCCGCGGAGUCUGCGCUGCGCGGCGCGGCGCGGCGCGGCCCGGCCGGCCGACGGCGUCUCCAUCUCUGCGUUCGCUCUCUGGCCGGCCGUCUGUCUGUCAGUCCCGCCGCGCCGGGGCCGUCUAGGUGGAUCCGGGGCUCAGGCGGCGGCAGUCUAGACCCGGGCAAGCCAUGUGGAUGGGGCACUGGACCCAGAGUGCCUACCCUUACCUGCCUGGGCCUCAGUUUCCAAAUCUGUGCAAUGGGGGUGACCAUCCCUGCCCUGCUGGCCGCCAGGAGUGGCUGUGAGUCUGUGGGCGUGGCAGCGGCCUGCAGGAAGUCAUAGGGCCCUUUCACAGGUGAGGUUAGGCUGGGAGAAUGGGUCAAGCAGGUGUGACUGUGUUGGCCUCUCAGUGCUGGGGACUGAGGUUGGACUGUGGGGAGGGGAGAGCACAUUGAGGGGGAGAUAGCCCUCUCUUGAUACAGGAAGGCAGACGGGCUGGGAGGAGGGGGAAGGAGGGAGAGAGGGAGAGGCAGCUGGGAGAGAAGGAGGGCCUGGCCAUCAGCCCGAACCAGUCAGGCACAGCCCAUGGGGACAGGAGAGGGAGGCCCCUGAGGGCCAUGCGGGAAGUGGUAUAGGGGGAGGGGCUUGGUGGGGGUGGGUGACAGGGAACAUGGGGUCUCCUGUAAAGCAUGUGGGGAAAGAGUAUGGGGUUUCCUAAAAACUAGUGGGGGUGAGGACCCUUCUUUGUGAGGGAGGGGUCCACAUUAGCUGGAGAAGUCUCUGCUAAAGGCCAAGGGCAUGGGUCCCACAUGCUAAGGAGGCCAGGCCCUCCUAAAAGGUAUGGGGUCAGAAUCUCCUGUGUAGGCUGUUGGGGGAGAAGACCACUAUACAAUCUGUGGGGACCCCAGCAGAGGCUGAGCUGAGCAGGUUGUGUCAGGGGAGGCUGGUGCCUCCGGUGGGCAGGGGCAGGGGCAGGGGCAGGGCAAGACCUGCAUAUGCAGAGGCGUGGCCAGAAGGCUCAGGGGGCGGAGCCAGGGCUCCUUGGCUGUAGUCCGAGGGGCCAGGGAUGGGGGCCAGGUUGUGGCCAGAAGACUCCACAAGCAGGUGACCUGAACCUCCCCUUAGGCCCCACCCUGGCAGUGCCACUCCCUCCCCUUCUCCACAGGCCCGGCCUUCACCAUGGCGGGAGGGAGACCUCAGCUGAAGAGGAGUUUCUCCAUCAUUCCCUGCUUUGUCUUUGUGGAGUCGGUGCUGCUGGGCAUCGUGGUCCUGCUUGCUUACCGCCUGGAGUUCACGGACACCUUCCCCGUGCACACCCAGGGCUUCUUCUGCUAUGACAGUACCUAUGCCAAGCCCUACCCAGGGCCUGAGGCUGCCAGCAGAGCACCCCCGGCCCUCAUCUACGCCCUGGUCACCGCUGGGCCCACCCUCACGAUCCUGCUUGGGGAGCUGGCACGUGCCUUUUUCCCUGCACCACCGUCAGCCAUCCCAGUCAUUGGGGAGAGAACCAUCGUGUCCGGGGCCUGCUGCCGCUUCAGCCCCCCGCUGCGGAGGCUGGUCCGCUUCCUGGGGGUCUACUCUUUCGGCCUCUUCACCACGACCAUCUUCGCCAACGCAGGGCAGGUGGUGACCGGCAACCCGACGCCGCACUUCCUGUCCGUGUGCCGCCCCAACUAUACGGCCCUGGGCUGCCCGCCACCCUCACCGGACCGGCCAGGGCCCAACCGUUUCGUCACUGACCAGGGUGCCUGUGCUGGCAGCCCCAGCCUUGUGGCCGCUGCGCGCCGCGCUUUCCCCUGCAAGGACGCUGCCCUUUGCGCCUACGCCGUCGCCUACACAGCGAUGUACGUGACGCUCGUGUUCCGCGUGAAGGGCUCCCGCCUGGUCAAACCCUCACUCUGCCUGGCCCUGCUGUGCCCCGCCUUCCUGGUGGGCGUGGUCCGCGUGGCUGAGUACCGCAACCACUGGUCUGACGUGCUGGCCGGCUUCCUGACAGGGGCGGCGAUCGCCACCUUUCUGGUCACCUGUGUCGUGCACAACUUCCAGAGCCGGCCACCCUCUGGCCGAAGGCUCUCCCCUUGGGAGGACCUGGGCCAAACCCCCACCAUGGACAGCCGCCUCGAAAAGUUAAGUGUGGCCCAGGAACCCGAGGCCUGCAGGCCGCAUUCGACACCGGCACGGCUCACCCCAUCCAAGCCGCAGAACUGCGCCCACCGUGGCCACCUGAUCCCCAGCUGCGUGUCCUCCAGGGCUCCAGCCAUGUGUUCAUCACCCCGUGUGCCCCGCCCUCGAUUGAGGUCUGAGCCAACACCCUUGCCUCUGCCCCUGCCCCUACCCGCACCAACCCCCAGCCAGGGCCCCUCGCCCUCCUCCCCUGGGCCUGGGGGGCCGGGCGGGGGUGGUGGCCGUGGCCGGAAGCUGCUGCUGCCCACACCCCUGCUGCGGGACCUGUACACCCUUAGUGGACUCUAUCCCUCCCCCUUCCACCGGGACAACUUCAGCCCUUACCUGUUUGCCAGCCGUGACCACCUGCUGUGAGGCCCAACACCUACCCAGAAUCUGCCCAGUCCCCAUUUCUUCCCUGCCACGCGUGUGUGUGCGUGUGCUGUGUGAGUGCCAAAGCCCUUGUCCCCAAACCAGCCAGGCCCAGACAUCAGAGCAUGGCUGGAAGGACAUCUAGGGGACCCCCUGCCUCUCUUGCCCUCUGGGGCAUCUAAGUGGGCAUAAUUGGGAGAUGGGUCCUUGCCUCCUAGGAUUGCCCUUUUAAGGGCCAAAGCCUGACUCCACUGGCCAUUGCCUAGCCAAUGGGAGCCCCCCAGUUCUCAGAAUUCUGGCCAAAAGGAGUUUACUCCAGCCAAUAGGCGCCUCCCCAUCAUUUCUUAGAAUCCUCAGGCAAGAGGGCAACUCUAGCCAGUGUUCAGCGUCUGAACAAUGAACAGGAGUCCUUGGUUCUCAGAAUUUCUAGGGUGGGUGGGUAUGAUUCCAGUCAAUGGGGGACCGCCCAUGUCUAAGCAUGUGCAAAGGAGAGGAGGGAGAUGGGGUCAUCUUUUGUCAUCGGGUCCUCUCUCCUCAGAAUCAGAGAGUCCAACUGGAGGGUGGGGGGCAGGCUCCCCCGUGGCAGGGUCCUUGGGGUACCCCUUCCUCUCUCAGCCCCUCCCUCAUAUGCAGUCUCUCACCCAGUCCCUCCUAACUCCCAACUUAUGCAGGGCUUGCCCCACUUCAGAGGUUUUGGGGUUCAGGGUGCUGCAUCCUUCCUUGCCUGUGCCCAGGUCACCCCAAACUCUUCUGUUAUUUAUUAGGGCUGUGGGGAAGGAGUUUUUUUUUCUUAGAACCCCCCCCCCGUUCUUCACACUGCCCCCCAUGCCUCAGCCUCGUACAGAUGUGCCGUCAUAGGGGCACAGGUGGAGCAAAGACGGCUCCCCGCCCCAAGCAGCCAAAGGCAGUGGGCAGGGGAGACACUGCCCCCUUUUCCUGCCCCCUCCUCAUCUUUAAUAAAGACCUGUUUGUAACAGAA